AUGGUCUCAUCUCUGCCCUCUCACCACCCAGGGGUCAGAAUCACCGACGUGGACUGGCAGCAGCAGAAGAAUGGCACUACCCACCAUACCCAGGAGUUCCCCAGCCCUAAUCUGGUGGUUCGCAGGGGCCAGAUGUUCACCAUCAUAAUGAAUUUCAGCAGAGCCCUGGAGAGCCAGGAGGCCCUCAUUUUCACAGUAGAGACAGGACCACAGGCUUCUGAGGCCCUCCACACUAAAGCAGUGUUCCAGACAUCAGAGCCAGAGGAGGGCGCUGUCUGGAGAGCAGUCCAGGAGGCUCAGACUGAGAACAGCCGGACCGUCAGCCUCACCAGCCCUCCAGACGCUGUGAUUGGCCGCUACCGGCUGAGCGCCAGGGUUUCCUCUCGCCGCAAGCACAGCAACAGGAAGCUGGGCGAGUUUGUUCUACUUUUCAACCCAUGGUGCACAGAGGAUGAUGUGUUUCUGGCGGAGGAGGACGAGCGACAGGAGUAUGUGCUCAAUGACAGUGGAGUCAUCUUCCGAGGCGUGGAGAAGCACAUCCGAGCCCAAGGCUGGAACUACGGGCAGUUUGAGGAGGACAUCCUGAAUAUCUGCCUCUCCAUCCUGGACCGAAGCCCCAGUCACCUAGACAACCCAGCCACCGACGUGUCCCACCGCCAUGACCCCAUCUACAUCACCAGAGUGAUCAGUGCAAUGGUGAACAGCAACAAUGACCGGGGCGUGGUGCAAGGCCAGUGGCAAGGCAAGUAUGGUGGCGGCACCAGCCCACUGCAUUGGCAAGGCAGUGUGGCCAUUCUGCAGAAGUGGUUCAAGAGCAGGUUCAAGCCAGUCAAAUACGGCCAGUGCUGGGUCUUCGCUGGAGUCAUGUGCACAGUCCUUAGGUGCCUGGGGAUCGCCACAAGGGUUGUUUCCAACUUCAACUCGGCGCAUGACACAGACAGGAGCCUGAGUGUGGACAAAUACGUGGACUCCUUCGGGCGGACCCUGGAGGACCUGACAGAAGACAGCAUGUGGAAUUUCCAUGUCUGGAAUGAAAGCUGGUUUGCCCGGCAGGACCUAGGCCCCACUUACAAUGGCUGGCAGGUUCUGGAUGCCACCCCCCAGGAGGAGAGCGAAGGUGUAUUUCGCUGUGGCCCAGCCUCAGUCACUGCAAUCCGUGAGGGCGAUGUUCACCUGGCCCAUGAUGGCCCAUUUGUGUUUGCGGAGGUCAAUGCAGACUACAUCACCUGGCUCUGGCACAAGGAUGAGAGCCGGGAGCGUGUAUACUCAGACACGAAGAAGAUUGGGAGAUGCAUCAGCACCAAGGCAGUGGGCAGCGACUCUCGCGUGGACAUCACAGGCCUCUACAAGUACCCAGAAGGAUCCGGGAAGGAGAGGCAGGUGUACCGGAAGGCCAUGAGGAAACUACUCAGUGUGGAAGCCUUCGGGCGAAGGGACCGAAUCCGCAGGGCUGGUGGGCGUGGUCUCUGGCGUGAUGACCUCCUGGAGCCUGCCACAAAGCCCAACAUCACCGGCAAGUUCAAGCUUCUGGAGCCGCCUGUCCUGGGCCAUGACUUGAGGCUGACCCUAUGCCUGGCCAACCUCACCUCCCGGGCCCAGAAGGUCCGCGUCAACCUGAGCGGUGCCACUAUCCUCUACACCCGCAGACUAGUGGCAGAAAUCCUGCACGAAUCCCACACAGUGCAGCUAGGGCCCGAAGAAGAGAAAAAGAUUCCAAUUGCAAUAUCUUACUCUCAGUAUAAGGAAGACCUGACAGAGGACAAGAAAAUCCUAUUGGCUGCCAUGUGCCAUGUCACCAAAGGAGAGAAGCUCCUGGUGGAGAAAGACAUUACGCUAGAGGACUUUAUCACCAUUAAGGUGCUGGGCCCAGCUGUAGUGGGAGUGGCAGUUAUGGUGGAAGUGAUGGUGGUGAACCCCCUCUUGGAGACAGUGGAGGACAGUGUGCUGAUGGUGGAGGGCAGCGGCCUGCUGCAGGGACAGCUCACCAUCAAGGUGCCCAGUCUGGAGCCUCAGGAGAGGGCCUCGGUCCAAUUCAACAUCACUCCCUCCAGGAGUGGUCCCAGGCAGCUGCAGGUUGACCUUGUCAGCCCUCACUUUCCAGACAUCAAAGGCUUUGUGAUUAUUCAUGUGGGCACAGCCAAGUAA